CCUCUCUUUUUUUUCGUUCUCUCCCUCUUUCUCGAUCUAAUCGCAUCUUCUGCGUAACCGAGAAGACUGGAGCUUUCCACGGAGUUAAUAAAUUUGUGACGUAGGACGGAAGAAAGCGAAACUGGAUCGUGCAGAUCGCGAUCGUGAUCGAGGCCGGUCGCCUAGUUCCGGCGGAGUACCGACUUCAGGACACGAUAAGGGGACCAGGCGGCUACUGGAAGUGGAGAACGUAUGGUUGCGUAAGUUCAGGAAGAAGCCGGCGCUGCGAGAUAAACGACGAAGAAAGAGACUUUCUUCGCGAAUGAGACCGGGGUUACACGAAAAUAAGUAGAAGUGGAGAGUAUAGAAGAAUCGCGUGAAGAGAAGGAAGAGACUUUCUGUAAUCGCGAGGGAGGCCAUCUCGAAAGGGGAAAAUAUAAUAUAAUAUAAACAGAAAGGGAGGACAUAGUGCAGGGAUUAUCAGAGAUCAACAAAGAAUUCGUUUCAAUAGGGGAAAUUAAGAGAAAGUUUUAAGUCUUGUCUUGAGGAGAGACAAGGACUUGGCGGGAACGACGAUGCCAUUGAUCAUCUGAUCGUUCCUUUCGCGACGAAAGCCGAUCGUAGAGCUUGAUCCGACCAAGGGCGACCUUGAACAAGAUGGUCACGAGGGCGCUGCUAUUACUCUCGCUGGUUCUCCUCGAUGCCUUUGACGCGCCUGGCAUCGAGAGAACCCACGUCCGGCACUUGGCGAUGGCCAGUAACGCCUGCAACGCCUGUAGGAUGCACGAGGAGAUCCGCGCGCUUAGUUUGGAAGCGAUCAAGGAGCAGAUCCUGAAUAAGCUCGGCUUGAAACAGGCGCCGAAUAUGACGGGUCGAGCUCUGCCGAGGAUCCCGCCGAUCUCGAAGCUGAUGGACAUGUAUGGGAUGCAGGCCGAUCAGCCUUUAGAGCCCGGUAUCACACACCACGAGGAGAUCGACGAAUACGCCGCGAAGACGGAGAGUGUCUUUGCCUUAGCGCAGCCUCAUCAAAGGCUAAGGCACUCGAAGAGCAACUUUGAGGUGUUGUACUUCAAGUUUUCCGAUAAGGUUGUCCAACACCGUGUUACCAGGGCAGAGUUGUCUCUAUGGAUAUCGGGUGUCAAUCAGGAAACGGAGCUCGGUGAGCCAAUUGAUCUGGAGAGUCAAGACGCCAGUCCGGUGACGAUCACGUUGCAGAGGAUUCUUCGGGGAACGACCGAGACAGGCGGAACUUUGCUGGGUCCUCCUCUGACCACGAAACACCCUCGACCGUUUGGACGGCGGGGUGGCUGGAUCACGAUCGAGCUCAGACGAAUGGUGGCGGAGUGGUUCAAGCAUCCGAGAGAUAAUCUGGGAGUCGCCUUGAAGAUCACAGGGCCUGGCGGCAGUCAUCGUAGGAACUUGAUUAGACUGGUUGAGACCAAUCCCGGUGCGGAAUACGCUCCAUAUCUCGAAGUGCAAAUGCAGGAACUCGAUUCGCGAAGAGGCUCCAGAAUUAAGAGGAACGUGGGACUCAAUUGCGAUGAGGCCACCCAGGAGACUAGAUGUUGCCGGUACAAACUCACGGUAGACUUCGAGAAGUUUGGCUGGGAUUGGAUAAUCGCACCCAAAAAAUAUGAUGCCAAUUACUGUUCGGGUGACUGUCCAAUGGCUUUUCUUCCGGCUUAUCCGAACACGCAUAUCGUCAGCUUGGCGGAACCGCCGAACAACACCGGACCAUGUUGCGCACCUAGGAAGCUGUCCGAAAUCACAAUGUUAUAUUUUGACAACGAAUAUCAGAUCGUGUUCUCGCGGUUGCCGGGCAUGGUCGUCGAGAAAUGCGGGUGUUCAUAGUCCACCUUCGUUUCUGACAGGACGAAAGCAAUGUUGGCCACGCCGAGAGUUCCGCACAGAUACCGCGAUGCUCUCCCUUUGAUCAAUCUCGACGAUCAUCGUCAUUGUCCUCGUCAAUCGUCGUCGAUUGUCAUCGCCGUGUUCUCGGCGAUUCCUCAUCCGAUAGACUGAAAGUGCCUUGUUCGGAGAGUGAUUGCGUGAUGCGGAUCUCUUUGGAGCGCAGAAAGAGGAACACGAAGUGCGCGGAUAGGCGGUGUUUGGUGAUUCGCGGAGUUCCCUCAAAGACUGUGCUGGAUGCCAAGAGAAGUCCAAAGAGGGACUCGCGCCGUGUCAGCGGGAGGCACCUCGACGGUGGUCCAUGGUUCAUGGCAAGGCGGAUAGUUCCUAGAGAGAGAGAGAGAGAGAGAG